AUGGCAGCCUCCAUGGCACGGGUGACGUUUGACUUAAGUUGGCCUAACUUUCUGCUCAUUUUAGCGUGUUUUGUGUGUCAGAUUUUGCCACUGUGCGGACAGAUACGUUAUGCAGACACGGAAACUAUUCCCGAAAGGAAGCCAACGGUUUUUGUUGUUUUGCUAGUGAGAAAUAAAGCCCAUGCACUGCCGUAUUUCUUCGGGUACAUGGAAAAUCUGGAUUACCCCAAAGAACGAAUAGCGUGGUGGAUUCGUAGUGACCAUAAUUCUGACAACACAUCAGCCGUACUGCGAGAGUGGGUAAGGGGGAUUGGCCACCAGUAUCAUUCUAUUGACAUUGAAAUUAACGACACCCAAGCAGAUUAUGAAGGGGAAAGAGGCCCAUGUCACUGGACCACAGAGCGUUUCACCCAUGUGAUGGCAACAAGACAGGCAGGAUUGGAUGCAGCCCGCAAACACUGGGCGGACUUCGCUUUUAUGUUGGAUUCAGAUGUUCUCAUUGAGAACCCAAAGACUUUAUCGAUGCUGAUAGAUCAGCGGAAAACUAUCGUAGCCCCGAUGUUAAACAGCAGUUUGGAGUCAACAUAUGCCAACUUUUGGGGAGGAAUGAGAGAAAAUGGAUAUUACCAGCGAGUCCGUCAGUAUUUCACCGUUCUCUACCGUCACCGUGGAGGUCUAUUCGAGGUUCCCAUGGUUCACUCUGCCCUGCUUAUUAAUUUGCGACACCAGGGGUCAGAAAAAUUAGCAUAUGACCCUGCGCCACCUGGAUACGAAGGCCCCUAUGAUGAUAUCAUCAGAUUUGCAUUUUCAGCAAAAGCAGCAGGUAUCAAAAUGCAUCUUCUAAACACGGACUAUUUUGGUCAUGUGAUGAUUCCACUUCAACCAGGAACCACACUGCAGGACGAAAUAGAAGGCUUCACUCACGUCAAAGCUGAGGCUAUGGUGAAUGGCGACCCUCUGAUCCAUUCCCCUCACAUCUACGUGGAAGAUAUUCCCGCGGACAAACUGGGUUUUGACCAGGUUUACAUGAUUAAUUUGAAGCGGCGACCUGAGAGACGAGAUCGUAUGUUACGGACGCUGAAAGUGAUGGGGAUUGAGGCUCAUUUGAUGGACGCUGUAGAUGGGAAGCAAAUAAACGAAACAUUCAUCGAAGAGCAGGGUAUAUCCAUGUUACCAGGCUAUGCAGAUCCUUACCAUAAGAGACCCAUGACAAUGGGUGAGAUUGGAUGCUUUCUGAGUCAUUACAAUAUCUGGAUGGAUGUCAUAAAAAAUGGUUACAAUCGUAUCGCAGUGUUUGAAGAUGACGUCAGAUUUGAGGCAUAUUUCCGAACACGACUUUUCAACAUGCUGCUAGAGGUCGAGAAGGCUUUACCCGAAUGGGACCUUAUCUAUUUAGGUCGUAAGAGGCUGUACAAUGAGGAAGAACUCUUUGUGGAUGGCACAGACACUGUCGUGUACCCGCUGUAUUCCUACUGGACGCUCAGUUACCUGCUGACCAAUCGUGGGGCUCAAAAGCUGCUUGACCAAAAGCCUCUGACCAAACUUCUUCCUGUUGAUGAGUAUUUGCCCAUCAUGUUUGACCAACACCCCACGGACGAUUGGAAAAAGCAGUUCCAUCCCCGCGAUUUGGUUGGUCUUUCUGCAGCCCCCCUGCUUGUGUACCCCACACAUUACACGGGUGAAGAUAAUUAUAUUUCUGACACCGAAGACUCUGUUGUUGUUGAUAAAGGGGAUAAUGAUCCUGAUGACAUCGAUGACAAAGAGAAAACAGAGGAUUUCAUGCCGGAUUCGUCUUCAACUUCAGCCACUAUGGACUCAUUGACUGAUGUCAAGGAUGAACUCUGACAACAACACUAAUUGUUUAGUUAAUUCUAUUUUUUUUUUUAAUGUAAAGUUACUGUUUUGUAAGUUUGUUGAAAUAUAUUUGACAUGUCAACCGCAUGUUUUAGCCUGCUUAAUUAAGAAACAAUGUUAUUAUUUCACAAUCUUACAAAAAAAAAAACCCACAAGAAAUGUCAUAAGCUUUUGUAACAUGAAUUCUGCCAUAGAUGCCAAUUGUUAACAUCCAUAAUACUCAUGUAUAGUAAAUAUUGUUACUAAAACUAUAAGCGAUAUUUUCAAGAUUGACUAAGUUUGUUACCCUUACAUAUGUUUCGCACAUUUUAUUUAGAGUAGUAAAGUU